AUGGUUUCUUCAGCGCGACUGUUGUUACAGUGCAACCAAUUGCGAGAACUAAUAAAGGAGCAACACAGACUUGCACUUCUUGAACUGGAACCAAGCGACCAGGAGAGAGAAGAUCUCAUAAACCUCUUGGAGACAAUACAUUCUGGAAUCCAGCGACUCGAAGGCGUUGAGGCAGUUGAAGUUCAUCAGGAGUUUGAGGCAUUGUUAAGCGAACUUGAGCAAAUUGAGAUGGAUGUAGCGAAGUACCACACUGAUGUUCCAACGUCAGAAUCCAAUGACAAUGCAUCACCGCUUCAACCGUCUUUAGUAUCGGCAGUGAAAUUAGCUCAGCCACAAUUGAGUUCUGAAAGCGCACCAUUAAGCAAAAAGAGUGUGAGGUUCACUGAUACUGUCGAAGAGAGAUAUGAGGCGGCUUAUCUAGAUGACCCGAAUCAGCAGAGCAACCAGCUGAUUUUUGAUAUGAACGAACAACUAAUGCUUGAUCAAGACCGUCGCCUUGACCACCUUGGCUCCAGCGUUCAGCGUCAGCAUGCUAUCAGCCUCGAGAUUGAAAACGAAGUCACUAGUCAGGUCUCGUAUCUGGACGAUCUCGAGGCCCAAACUGACCGAUCCCGAUCUCGACUUGGCACGGCUCGUGAUCGUGUUGGGGUUUUCAACCGCAAAUCGCGCGAGCACGGAUCCUGUAUGAUAAUACUCGUUCUGGUUCUUAUUCUAUUUAUUCUACUCGUAAUUUUGUAG